AUGAACUUGAACAACAAGCCAGACCCCAGUACUGUGUUACAAAUGGUAUAUCUUCACUGCUGUGCCAUGAACAAGGAUGAACUCGAACAACAAGCCACCCCCAGUACUGUGUUACAAAUGGUAUAUCUUCACUGCUGUGCCAUGAACAAGGAUGAACUCGAACAACAAGCCACCCCCAGUACUGUGUUACAAAUGGUAUAUCUUCACUGCUGUGCCAUGAACAAGGAUGAACUCGAACAACAAGCCACCCCCAGUACUGUGUUACAAAUGGUAUAUAUUCACUGCUGUGCCAUGAACAAGGAUGAACUCGAACAACAAGCCACCCCCAGUACUGUGUUACAAAUGGUAUAUCUUCACUGCUGUGCCAUGAACAAGGAUGAACUUGAACAACAAGCCACCACCAGUACUGUGUUACAAAUGGUAUAUCUUCACUGCUGUGUCAUGCACAAGGAUGAACUCGAACAACAAGCCAGACCUCAGUUUCGCAGCCUCAGGACGUAUUCGAACAUGUUUGUAUUGAACCUGACGGUGGCGGACUUCCUGCUGGCGGUCGGCAACAUGCCCAUGUUCACCGCCUCCAGCUUCUGGGGCUACUGGGUGUUUGGAUCUUCAGGCUGUAUAGCGUACGCCUUCGCCGGUUCCGUUGCAAGUUUCGUGUCCAUAAAUACGUUGGCAGCGAUCGCUAUUGACAGAUGCUUUGUCAUUAUUCGGACGUUACCGCUACAAAACCGAAUGUCCAGAAAAACAUUUUGCUCAAUAAUUGGAUCUGUAUGGAUUUAUUCAAUUUUGUGGGCAAGCGGUCCAUUUGUUGGCUUCGGCCAUUAUAUAUUAGAAGGAACCAAUACAUCAUGUACAUUUGAUUUCCUUACUAGAGAUUUGAGUUCAAGGUUAUAUGUUAUUUGCAUCUUCACCGCCCAUUUCAUUAUUCCAGUAUUAGUGAUAGCAGGUUCGUAUACAAUGAUAUUUCGGACAAUCAAAAUAUAUAAACACGAAUUCAACGAAGCAACCAAAGUCCACGGCGAGGAGGAGUUACCAAUGCCCAUGCGUAAAUGUAAUACUAGGUUUUCACACGAAGCUAAAACUGCUCGUGUUUCUAUCAUUGUCAUUUCCGUGUUUUGUAUCUCAUGGACUCCUUACGCUACAGUUGCCUUAAUCGGGGAAUUUGGACAUUCGGCAAUCAUUACACGACUAGGCUCGGGUAUACCGUGCCUUUUAGCAAAAUGCUCAACUAUAAUCAACCCCCUUAUUUACGCUUUGUUGCACCCUAAAUUCAGAACAAAGCUGCUUGGUGUCAUUGCGUGUUUUAAACAUGAAGAGGAGAGACGAGAGGAAGAAUACCGUCGUGGCAUCAUCCACUUCCGGUCCCGAAAACAGUGCUCCUUGUGA